AUGAGGGACAUGUCCGGCGAGAAGAUGAAGGCGGUGCAUUACGAAGGACCAUUCAAGGUCUCGGUCAAGGACGUCGAGCUGCCCAAGAUCCAGCACCCCGACGAUGUGAUUGUCAAGGUCACAACGGCAGCUAUCUGCGGUUCAGAUCUACACAUGUACCAAGGGCGCACGGCAGCGGAAGCCGGUCUCGUGUUCGGUCAUGAGAAUAUGGGUACCAUUAUCGAAGUCGGAUCGGGUGUGACACUAUUGGAGAAGGGUGAUAGGAUCGUGUUGCCAUUUAACGUCGCCGAUGGUAGGUGUCGCAACUGCGAAGAAGGCAAAACGGCUUUCUGUACUGGAGUGAACCCGGGCUUUGCCGGUGGAGCCUACGGCUAUGUAGCCAUGGGCCCGUAUCAAGGCGGCCAAGCGCAAUACCUCCGCGUCCCAUUUGCCGACUUCAACGCAUUGAAGUUACCCAAAGGCACCGAGCACGAAGCCGACUUUAUACUACUCGCAGACAUAUUCCCAACAGGAUGGCAUGGACUCGUGCUCGCCGGAUUCCAGUCCGGUGAAAGCGUGGCGGUGUUCGGCGCAGGUCCUGUCGGCCUGAUGGCAGCGUAUAGCGGGAUCCUGCGAGGCGCGAGCAAGGUCUUUGUAGUCGACACAGUGCCUGAACGGCUGGCAGCUGCAGAAAAGAUUGGAUGCAUUCCCAUUGACUUUAAGAAGAGCGAUCCCGUUGAACAGAUCAUCAAGCUCAACGACGGUAUGGUAGAUCGCGCAGUCGACGCGGUCGGGUACCAGGCUGUGGACGCAUCAGGCAGCAAAGAGAAGCCAAACAUCGUGCUGGACCAGCUAAUCAUGGUGACGCGACCAACGGGUGGCUUGGGUAUUCCAGGUUUGUAUGUGCCAGCCGACCCAGGCGCGCCCGACGAACAGAGCAAGAAAGGCCAGAUUCUGAUCUCAUUCGGCAAGCUGUUCGAAAAGGGACUGCACCUCGGCACUGGGCAGUGCAAUGUGAAGGCGUACAACAGGUAUUUGCGCGACAUGAUCGUAUCGGGCAAGGCCAAGCCGAGUUUCGUUGUGUCGCACGAGAUUAACAUCGACGAGGCGCCGACGGCGUACGAGAAGUUUGAUAAGAGGAUCGAGGGGUAUACGAAGGUGUUGAUCCAUCCGAAUGGAGCGUUGAACUAG